CAAAUACACUCGUUCUCACCCUCAACUCUUUCACUUCGCUUCACUUCACUUCACUACUAUUUUUUAACAGACUGGAAAAAAAAGGAACUUUUGAGGUUGCACAGCCUAUUAAAUCUAUUUAUCAGCGAUGGGGAAGUCUCCGGGAAAGUGGAUCAAGACUGUGCUUUUUGGGAAGAAGUCAUCAAAGUCUAAUCUCUCAAAAGAUGCUACUUUAGAGAAAAAUGCGUCAAUCAAGUCACAGUCAAAGGAUAUUGGUGCCGAUUCUACAGUGAUAUCCAGCCCAGUUCAUCAUGUCAUCAGUUUUAGCAGCGGAAACACACAAUUGGAGAAGAGCUCCAGUGCUAAUUUAAUGCAUGAUACAGCUGACAAUAUAAGAAGUAACUUGGGUUUAGAUGCUGCAAGCGAUGACGAAUUGAUCAGACUAGAGCAGGCGGCUACAAAGGCUCAGGCAGCCUUCAGGGGCUAUUUGGCUCGUAGGGCAUUUUGGGCCCUCAAAGGCAUUAUAAGGCUUCAAGCAGUAGUUCGUGGUCACCUGGUAAGGAGACAGGCUGUUGCCACUCUAAGCUGUAUGCGAGCUAUUGUAGAGCUUCAGGCACUUGUUCGUGGACAAAGAGUCAGACUUUCUGGAAACGGUUUUCGGUUCCUUCAGAAGGGAAAUUCAGGAGAACAUGUGGAACGGGCCAACUUGCUUCAAAAUUCUCUCAAAUGGGAGAAGCUAUCAACAAAUGCUUUUGGGGCUAAGCUUGUUGCUUCAUCAAACAGUACCAUGUCCUUGAACAUCCGGUUUGAUCCAGCCGAACCCAAUUCAGUUAGGAACUGGCUUGAGCGUUGGUCAUCGUCCAACUUCUGGGAACCACUUCCCCAGCCCAAAAAGACCCUUAAUGUAAAACCAAAAAGAAAACAAACUAAAUUACUCUCUCAAGAAACAGAAACAGCAAGGCCAAAGAGAAGUGUCCGCAGAGUUCCUGCACCAAUUCUUGACAAAAAUAAUAAGAGUAAUAGUAAUCUUUCGAAUUCCACCGAAAAUGAAAAACCAAAACGUACUGCAAGGAAAGUAUCGACCCUCCAAGUGGAACCAGUGCAAGACCAAUCUUAUAGUGAACUUGAUAAAGUGAAGCAAAGUCUUAGGAAAAUUUCAGUAUCUUCUGCUGGGCCAUCUGAAAAAUCAGAACCUGAGAAAAUAAACGAUGUAGAUGUUGUGGCUAAAGAACCUGAUCCAGAAUCACUUCCGGCUCUACCUCUAGAAAACAAACCACUUGAGGUUAAUCCUCUUGUUGAGACACUAUCGCUUGAAAAUGAAACCAAUGGGAAAAUUGAAAAUGUGGAGUCAAAUGGCAAGGAAAACCACAAAACACGGAGGAGAAAGUCUUUACCAUCAAAACAGGAAUAUCCUGAAGGUGUUUCACAGAACACACCAACCAUGCCAAGCUACAUGGCAGCAACUGAAUCGGCAAAGGCUAAGCUUAGAGCACAAGCAGCUGCAAAGGCUGCAGAAGAUGGAGCCGAAAAUGGUUCUGUCAGGCGGCAUUCUCUGCCUUCCUCAAUUGGUAAACUUAGCUUACAGUCACCUCGUGUUCAGAAACCUUUGCAAGCCAAUGGCAAAGGAGGGAGCAGAGUUAACAAAUCACAGAUUUCACCUAGAGAUGAAAAAGUGGUCUCGGGAGGGUGGAGGAGAUGAGUGCAAUAAAUAAGAGUAUCUGCCACAGUUUUUGGUAUGGACUUAUCCUUGUUAAAACUUGUGUUGUGGUAUACAAUUACUUGGUUAACUUGUGACAGAUGUUGGUUUAGGCGGUAUUUUGUUGGUUUAUUAUACUUUUUAUGAGUGUUGUUAGUCAAUGUUGUUGGAAUGUACAGUAAUGGAGGCAGCCAUAGGUUUGUUUUGUAGCCAUUUUUAAAGAUUGUUGGAUGUGUUUUUCUAUUUGGUUUGAGCAUCUUGGGGGUGUGAUUUGAUUGUGAUAAUGUAUUUAAGCACUUCCGUUAAUUAGAUCUUUCCUCCUUACGUGA